AUGAUCUCUAUUUUUUUAUUAUUUAUUUUUGUAAAUGUUUUUGGAGAUUUUAAUAAAAAAACUAAUAAAAUUAGUAGAGAUAUUCUUAAAAGAAUAGAAAAAGAAAUUGAUGAAGAAAAAAAUAUUUUACAUGUUAUACCAAAUUAUUCAAUUCCAAGAGAAGGUCCUGGUGAAAAUGGUGAUGCUGUAAUAUUAACAGAUGAGGAAAAAAAAUUAGGCGAAGAAGAACUUAAAGUUUGGUUUAUGAAUAUGCAAGCUAAGUAA